ACCUAUCGAAAAAUAUGGCCAGCUCUAUUGCUUCGCAUUAAAAUUUUUUGCCCGACUUGUCGAGUCUUGCAAAAAUUCCGACGAAAAAAGAAAACUAACCGUAAUUAAGGAGCCAUCAUGUCCUACCAACUUUACCGCAACACCACGCUGGGGAACACCUUGCAGGAGAGCCUUGAUGAACUGAUUCAGUACGGUCAGAUUACGCCCGGACUGGCGUUCAAGGUGCUGCUGCAGUUCGACAAGAGCAUCAACAACGCCCUAAACCAGCGGGUCAAGGCCCGCGUGACCUUCAAGGCUGGAAAAUUGAACACUUACCGCUUUUGCGACAACGUCUGGACCCUCAUGCUCAACGAUGUGGAGUUCCGCGAGGUGCACGAAUUCGUUAAGGUGGACAAGGUCAAGAUUGUGGCCUGCGACGGCAAGAGCGGCGAAUUCUAAGCCACCACCGAUCUGAUCUGAAUAUGAAUACCAUACACCCAUUAUAACCAUUACAAAUAGUCGUAAGAUUCGUAGCCGAUAAGUUGGGUUGGCCACCAAAAACCGACCGUGUGAUGCAGCAGACAUUACAACAAAUACACUGUUAAUUCAUAGUUCAA